UAAAGGUUUGAUGUUUAAAGCUAACUAUGAGGCAAGUAAAGCGACCGUUAGUAGUUAACAUCCAGAAAAAAGUUUUCUUUCCCCGUGGACAUCUAUCUAUACUACUAUAUUAAAAUAAUAGACUCGAAUUUUUGGGGCUUUAAUACCGAGAAAUCAGAAAAGUACUGUCUUUUGUUUUAUAUAUUUUAAAUAUCAUUGGUCCUCGAAGAUUACCGAUUUGUUUUUAUUUUUUCUCAAUCAAGCUUUACUUAUUAUUAAUCAACUAAAAUUCAUUUUAAAAAUCCGGAAAUCAUCUGGAUUUUUUUUAUUUUACAAUCUUGCGCAUGCGCAUUACAUUCACGCUAAACACGGAAGGCUCUUUAGUUUUCUCCGUAUUAAAGCCCAAAAACUCGAGUCUAUUAUUUUAAUAUUGUAGUAUAGAUUAAAUUUUUAGAUGAAAGGUAUUUACAGCAUCAAAACGGUUUGUUAUGAAUAAUUUGACUUAUUUUCAAUGCUUUGUUAAUUUUCGAUAAAAUCGUUUUGGAGCGAUUCUGAAAUUUUUUCUACAUUACGAAUAUUUGGGAGGUAUUCUAACUGUGGUGAAGACCUGUCCCGAGACACAGUCAGAUUAUUCUACCUGAGAAGAGUGUAGUGAAUUGUAGGCUUACAGCUUGGUUAUGUAAACGUCAACAAUACGGUGUGUCGAUGUAUCUAUUUCGUAAAUGUCCGAUACCAUAUGCAAUGUCAACCAGUGCACGCACGGGUCAUAGUCUAGGUAUUUCUUUAAAAAAGGGUUUAGUCAAACCUGUCUAGAGUUUUGUGCGCUGUAAAUUGGAAUCAAUGAUUUGACGUAGUCCGUUGCUAUAAAUAAUAGCCUCUUUAAAUCUAAUACUUUUAACUUAGCAAAAUAGCCUCAUAUCUUACCAUAUGAAGAAUCUUUUUAAAGCACUGCAUGUUAAAUAAAUGAAAUCGGUUGGCGAAUCAAACUUAACAUCAUUAACACAUUAAAUGCCAUAACCAAUGAAAAUCUUCUCGGGUAUAUAUAAAUUGAGUAGAAUAUCUAUAUCUUGUAUUACUUUCUCCGAUACGUCCACUGGUACAAGUAGAAACCAAAAAAAAAAAAAUGAAUUGCAGUCAAAUCUUCAAGAAUUUGUUAAACGAAAAUGGAUACAACCUAACGGACCUCAAGUCAAUGAUGGUCCAACUUGGCUUUGCGAAAACUUGUGAAAGUUUCAAUGGUUCUUUCCCGUAUACUGAACUUCUCGCAACAUUCCGCAUCAGUAAUCUACUCCUGCUAUACAUUUCACCUAUUUUGUUUUUCGGAAUUCUCGGAAAUUUGCUAUCCUUCAUCGUCUUGCAACGCCAGAGGAAAAAAGUGUCUACAUACUUCUACCUGUGCUUUCUCUCGGUCAUGGACUUUGCAGUUUUGCUAACUGGACUCGCAGGAAUUUGGGGAAAACACCUGAUAGGAAAAGAUGUUCAAGACAUAUCGGACUUGGCAUGUAAAUUUUCUAUCUUUUUUGGACAUUUUUUCAGUGAUGUCUCGGUCUGGGUUAUCAUUGCUGUUACGGUGGAGCGGUUUGUAGUGGUAAAAUAUCCGUUCCGCACCCUGUCAUCCAAAAGAAUUCGCCAGGCGAAGAUAAUAUGUGCCGCCAUUGUUGCACUGAUGUGUGCCAUCAAUGUCCACUUUUUGGUGCUUGCUGAAAUUCAAGUAAGAAAUGGUGCUCCAAAGUGCGAAAUCCGCCCGUCGUCUUGGACGAUGAUCAACAAUAUCUGGCCGUGGAUAGACGCUGUAGUAUACUCGUUCCUACCUUUCACUAUACUUGUGGUGUUAAAUGGUUUCAUCAUCCGGUCGGUUUGCAAGUCGAAAGACAGAAGGAAGAAACUUAUGUCCCUUCCUCGGAGAAGUACAAAAUCUCACCUCGUUUCCAGACUUUCCAAAGAAAAUCGGAAGACCACGAUGAUGCUUUUUUCAGUAUCUUGUACUUUCCUUGUUACAGCCUUACCAAUGAAUGUGGCAACUAUUCUGAACACUUUUUGGAAUAAUUCGACAGACAAAUCCAUGAAGGAAUUUUCUGUCUUAUAUCUUCUUUAUAGUAUUGCUAAAAUGUUGAUGUACAUGAACCACUCUAUCAAUUUUGUUUUAUACUGUGCUCUAGGAACAAACUUUCGCAAAGCCCUCUACAGAAUAGUUACCCCCAAGUGUAGAAGGAACAAUGACAAUUAUCAUACAAAAAGAUUAUCCAGUCACACGAUGACUUCUCACGAAGUAGCUAGGAUUCAACGCGUAGUAUGUAAAGUCAACAAUACACGUUGGUUGUAAAAUAUUAUAAUCUGACAAAUAAAAUGUUUACUACAUCACUUAUUUUCUUUACUUUUAUGAUGACACAUUCUUGUUAUGAUUUUCUACGAUUCAAUUUCAGAAAAGAUCUUGGUUAUUCAUUCUUUAUAUAAACAAACCUGAAGGUGUUUAACUAUAUCUGUUCCUAAUACAAACUGGCAUAAAAUAAUAAUGAUUCAUUAUUCAUAUUUACCAUAUAAGAAGUUGAAAACUACAUUAAAUCAAUCAAAUGAGAUGGCUUCACUCUAGUGAUGCACAAGCAUCUGUGCAGAUGCAAAAAGGAAAAAUGCUGGAAAACCCAACUUGAAACAUCUUAUUAAAUUUUGUUAAAUUGUUAAAAAGAUUUAUAUGAUAAAUUUUUGGUAAAACAAGAUAUGUGUUCCAAUGCUCACUAGCGAUACCCCGCUCUAAAAUGAAUUUAUUGAAAAGAAAGCUGAAAUCGAAUUUGUUAAAAAAUUAAGUUACUAGUAACCACAUAGCAUGCCCCAACGACGAGUGUGUAAAAAUUUCAAGCAUCUCCGAUUAAUAGUUGCUAAGAAAUAUCCGACAAUUUUUUUUAAAUUCUUAUACAUAUAAAUAAUAAACAAAGCCAUCGAUUAAGUUGACUUCUAAUUGAUCCACAAAUAAAUCCCAACAUAUGGCAUACCUACACAAGAGCGUGUAAAAAUUUCAAGCAUCUGCGAUUUAUAGUUGUUGAAAAAUCUCUGACAAAAACUGUCAUAAAAUAAUUCCAAAUUAUGCCUUAAUGUUAGAUGGAAUAUCACACACUAGAAAAAUUAAUGUAAAAUAUGUCGAAA